AUGUUCAAGAACAAGGCUGGCCUGACAAAGCGCACACACACGAAGCACCCAGAACUGCUAUGCAAUCGCCAGUCAUAUCACCAAGCAGCACCCACUGGCAGAGUCGGUCCAGCCAAUCCUGAGCCGAGAGCUGAUCAUGAACAUUGGGAUUUUGAUGUACCUAACCCUGACGAUGAAUUUGAAAAUCCAGAUGGCUUUGCACCAGCUUGCAAUCACCAGGAUUUUGAUGGGCCCAACCCCAAUGCCGAAGUUGAGCAUCAAAAUGGACUUAAAUGUGAUGCCGAGGGUAAUUUUAUCGAUCAGAAUGUGCCUCCACAACCCCAAACUGAUGCACCACCAAAUGAUUGGACCCCAUAUGAAAACCGAAAUCAGACAUCUGCAAAACAAAUUGACACUCUCCUUGACUUGUGGGCUGCAACAUUGAUUAAGCACGGUGACGCUCCACUGUUCACAAGUCAUCGUGACCUAUAUGACACAAUUGAUGCGACACCACUUGGUGAUGUUCCAUGGGAGACAUUCUCCAUGUCCUACACUGGCACCAAACCACUGCAUGACAUACCUCCAUGGAUGAAUGCAACAUAUGAUGUCUGGUUUUGCAACCCUCAUCUCCUUUUGCAUGGCUUGCUCAGGAACCCUGACUUUGACAGGGAAAUGGAAUAUGUCCCAUAUCAGGAUUACACUCUGGAAGAUAAGCGCUGCUUCAAGAACUUUUUCUCAGGCAACUGGGCAUCGAACCAAGCUGUACGUGCUUAUACUAUUUCUCAAAACAAAGAGACUCAUGGAUCGAAUUUUAUGCUGCUAAUCAUAGGCAGCAACAAGACAACAGUUUUGGUGGCCACAGGGCACACCGAAUACCACCCUCUCUAUAUGUCAGUAGGCAACAUUUUUAACACUACAAAGGAACACGCUGGCGAUACAGAUUAUCGCAACUUUCGAUGGCAAAUGUUCCAUUGCUCGCUUGCCAGAAUCUUCAAGGCCAUCAAACCAUACAUGAACACCCCUGACAUUGUUUGCUUCCCUGACAGUCAUUUUCGCAGAGUCAUAUAUGAACUGGGUCCAUACAUUGCAGAUUAUCCAGAGCAGGUCUUGUUGUCUGGGGUAGUCCAGGGAUGGUGUCCAAAAGAACUCCUUGCUGAAGAGCUUGAGUAUGGAAAGUUAUGGGAGGAAUAUGGUAUUGUUGGUGACCUUAUGUUGAUUUCCCCAGACAUUCUGCACCAGAUUAUUAAAGGCGCUUUCAAGGAUCAUCUGGUGGAUUGGGUGGAGUCUUAUCUAAAGAACACACUUAGUACUUUGCAUGGCAUGCAGGUUAUGGAUGACAUUGACAAUAGGAUAGCAGUCAUUGCUCCUUUUGCAGGUUUACAACAAUUUCCUGAAGGACAUGGAUUCAAACAAUGGACUGGUGACGACUCAAAAGCAUUAAUGAAGGUCUACCUGCCUGCUAUCAGGGGCCAUGUCCCCGAAGAUGUAGUGCGCACCUUCAGUGCAUUCCUCGACUUUUGCUAUAUUGUCCAGCAUGACACACUCACUGAGGACAACCUUCUACAACUUCAGGAUACCCUUGAUCAGUUCCACCAGUACCAGGAGAUAUUCAAGACAACUGGUGUCAUGCUGUCAUUCUCGCUGCCAUGGCAGCAUUCAUUAAACCAUUACUCACUCCUUAUCCAACUAUUUGGGGCCCCCAAUGGGCUUUGUUCUUCCAUUACAGAGUCAAAGCACGUCAAGGCUGUCAAGGAGCCCUGGCGCCGCUCGAGCCAAUACAAAGCACUUGGGCAGAUGUUGCUCACAAAUCAACAUCUCGACAAAUUGGUGGCUACACGCACAGAUUUCCAGGCACAUGGAAUGUUUAGGGGCUCAUGUCACAUAGACUCUGAUGACAAUGACAACAAUCAAGUGCCUGUUCUCAAAGACAGGUCUGGGUAUCUGAAUGUCAAUGAACCCAAACAUAGAUCUGCUGAGGGUGAAGUUGGCGAAACAGUUGAUGGACCUACAGUGGAGGCUCAUGUUGAGCUUGCAGCAACACCUCAUGAGAAUGUGCGUGCACUCAGUGACGAGCUUGAGCUCCCCAAUUUUCCACAAAUGAUCCAGCAGUUCCUCCAUGAUCAAGUGCAUGCUGCCAACCCUGACCCUCCUGUGUUUGACCCCACCACAGCACUAUUGUUCUUGUGGAAAGUCUCAAAUUUCAAUUCUACAGCAGCAUCAUUCUACGCCCCCAGUGACCUUAGCAGCACUGGAGGCAUGCGACACGAACAUAUCUGGGCAGUACCAUCUUGGUGUGGAGGUGCUCCACGGCAUGAUUGUGUCAUUGUUAACAUGAACACUGGCACUGAUCUUAUGAAUGGCCUUCCAGUUGCACGAGUGCUCUGUUUUUUUUCUUUCAACAAUCGCACAUCAUUUUUUCAAUGUGCUGUCGUUCAUUGGUUCUCCCAUGUCCUUGAAGAACGUGAUCCAGACACAGGGAUGUAUGUUGUUUCACCCUCGACACUUGACGCUGUCGGCACACCAGACAUCUCCAUAAUUCAUAUUGAUUGCAUCUUCCAUGCAGCACAUCUUAUUCCAGUAUAUGGCUCAAACUUCUUGCCUCAUGCAAUUGCUACACAUGACUCCUACAAUGUCUUCCGAUCUUAUUUCAUCAACAAAUAUGCUGAUCACCACGCAUUUGAGAUCACUUGCAUGGCUUCACCCCUCAUGCACCCUCUUGCACCACCACUGCUCUACCUGCACCUUCCCAACUCUUGUGAAGAGAUCUCGUCCGUGGUCCUCCUCAAGAUGAAGGAGACUGCUGAGUCCUACUUGAGCUAUACCUUCAGCAAUGCCACACCCUGUACCAUCUGCACAUUUGUAAUAUCUACUCCCCCACCAACUCUCUGUUAA